CCCGGCCCUUGAACGCAGAGCUAGCUCUUUCUCCCUUCCCCUCUCUCUCUCUCUCUCUCUCUCUCUCUCUCUCUCUUCCUCUGUGCAAGUGUAGCUGAGCACGAUGCAGUCCAUUUCGAGGCGUCUAGGGCACCAAUCUCUGAGACCUUCACAUUCAGUCGCGUCGCUCAAGUCUAUCUACCCUCUUUCCGAUCACUAUUAUGGAGCUGAUCAUCCAAAGUACGGAUCUACUCUUGCCACCAAGGGGGCGGGGCACCUUGUUCGCAAGGGCACAGGUGGAAGAUCAUCUGUUAGUGGCAUUGUUGCUACUGUCUUUGGGGCAACUGGGUUCCUUGGUCGUUAUGUUGUGCAACAACUUGCUAAGAUGGGAUCUCAAGUAUUAGUUCCUUUUCGGGGGUCUGAAGAUAGCCAUCGACAUCUUAAGCUGAUGGGGGAUUUGGGACAGAUAGUGCCAAUGAAAUAUAAUCCAAGAGAUGAAGCUUCCAUUAAAGCUGUUAUGGCAAGAGCUAAUGUAGUUAUUAACCUUAUUGGGAGGGAGUAUGAAACAAGAAACUAUAGCUUUGAGGAAGUGAACCAUUCAAUGGCGGAACAACUUGCCACAAUUGCUAAAGAACAUGGUGGUAUUGUGAGAUUUAUCCAAGUUUCAUGCUUAGGAGCAUCUGCAUCAUCUCCAUCCAGAUUGCUAAGGGCUAAAGCUGCCGCUGAGAAAUCAGUGAUGGAAGAAAUACCUGAGGCCACAAUUUUGAGACCUGCUGUAAUGAUCGGUACAGAAGAUCGAAUUCUGAACCGUUGGGCACAAUUUGCAAAGAAGUAUAGCUUUAUGCCACUCGUGGGCGAUGGAUCUACUAAAAUCCAACCUGUAUAUGUUGUUGAUGUUGCUGCUGCAAUUAUGGCUGCCUUAAAAGAUGAUGGCACCAGUAUGGGAAAAGUUUAUGAACUUGGUGGGCCAGAGAUAUUUACAGUGCAUGAAUUGGCGGAGAUUAUGUAUGACGUGAUCCGAGAAUGGCCUCGCUAUGUGAAAGUCCCUUUCCCAAUCGCAAAGGCCAUUGCAUUGCCACGGGAAAUAUUGCUUAAUAAGGUUCCCUUUCCAUUACCCAAUCCCGACAUCUUCAACCUUGAUCAGAUCCUUGCACUAAGUAAUGAUAUCGUCGUGUCAGAAAAUGCUUUGACUUUCAAUGAUCUUGGAAUUGUGCCACGCAAGCUGAAGGGAUACCCUAUAGAGUUUCUUAUUUGCUAUCGUAAGGGUGGCCCCCAGUUUGGUUCUACAAUCAGUGAAAGAGUGUCUCCCGAUUCUUGGCCAUGAUCAACACUGGUUGUUGAUGCCCAAAUGUUUUCAUUUUUGUUCAAGGGCAACCCAAUUAACUUUAAUUCAGGUUUUCACAGGGGUGCUUGUUUAAAAGUUAGGAAAACAAUAAAGAAUGGAGAAUGAUUCUUCUGUGAUUUCAGACCUGUAUAAUUUGAGUAAAAUAUCGCAUUUGUAAUUUUAAAGCAUUUUGGAUUAUGGUCUUGAGCCCGCAAUUAUGAAGAGAAUUCUGUGUAUUUGUUUUCAUGGCAUUAUCUCACCUUUCUUUUGGCUCC